GCGCUGUGGUGUCACAAAGGGGAGCAGCAGGUUCCAGGAGCCCGCCUGGGACAGCGGGGGCGGCAGCGGGGGGCACUCGCGCUACGUGCCAGCCAGGAGGCGGCGGCGAAGCGCCUCGGUGACUGUCCCAGGAGCAGCCGCAGCUCAGCUCCCCCCUCCAGCUCUCCCCAUCCCUGGGAGCCCUCCACGCCCGGCGGCCAGUGGAACCCCGCUGUGCGGCUGGGAGUGGAUCUAGUUCUGCCCCCUUCGCCUUAGGGCCAAAUCACUAUGCUGGCUUCAGCUCGGUGCAGCAGCCGGCUGUAGGCUAAGCCGGCGUGCCGCGGCCGCAGCAGCAAGUGCCCUGCGAGGGGGGUGCGCGCAGGCCUGAGGAGGACGCUGCUGGGGUGCAGCUCAGCAUCUCCAGGGGCAGGUCAUUUAUUUGAAAGAAUGAUUAUUAAUUUGAACUGGUUUGUGUGCUUCCCGGUUGUACUGUUUCAUCAGUGGACGGGGACAACAUUAUCCUUGAAUCUUGAAGAUCCAAAUGUGUGUAGCCACUGGGAGAGUUAUUCAGUUACAGUUCAAGAAUCCUAUCCACAUCCUUUUGAUCAAAUUUACUACACCAGCUGUACUGACAUAUUGAACUGGUUUAAAUGCACACGACACAGAAUCAGUUACCGUACUGCCUACAGGCAUGGAGAAAAAACAAUGUACAGACGGAAAUCUCAGUGCUGUCCUGGAUUUUAUGAAAGCAGGGAAAUGUGUGUCCCUCACUGUGCUGAUAAAUGUGUCCAUGGUCGUUGUAUUGCUCCAAACACCUGUCAGUGUGAGCCUGGCUGGGGGGGACCAAAUUGCUCUAGUGCAUGUGAUAGUGACCACUGGGGACCCCACUGCAGUAGUCGCUGCCAGUGCAAAAAUGGAGCCUUAUGUAAUCCCAUCACUGGAGCCUGCCACUGUGCUUCUGGUUUCAAGGGCUGGCGCUGUGAGGAACGCUGUGACCAGGGAACAUAUGGAAAUGAUUGCCACCAAAAAUGUCAGUGUCAAAAUGGAGCUACCUGUGAUCAUGUGACUGGAGAAUGCAGAUGCCCUCCUGGAUAUACUGGUGCUUUCUGUGAAGAUCUUUGUCCCCCUGGCAAGCAUGGGCCACAGUGUGAAGAAAGAUGUCCAUGCCAGAAUGGAGGAGUGUGUCACCAUGUGACUGGGGAAUGUGCCUGCCCACCUGGAUGGAUGGGCACAGUCUGUGGUCAGCCUUGUCCAGAGGGUCGUUAUGGAAAGAACUGCUCCCAGGAGUGUCAAUGCCACAAUGGAGGGACAUGUGACUCAGCAACAGGGCAAUGUCACUGCAGUCCAGGUUACACAGGGGAGCGAUGCCAGGAUGAAUGUCCAGUGGGGACUUAUGGAGUGCAAUGUGCAAAGACCUGUCAGUGCAUGAAUGGAGGGAAAUGCUAUCAUAUUAGUGGUGCUUGUCUCUGUGAUCCAGGAUAUACGGGAGAACACUGUGAAACAAGGCUUUGUUCUGAGGGAGUCUAUGGUCUCAAGUGUGACAAAAAAUGCCCAUGUCACUUGCAGAACACUCGCAGCUGUCACCCUAUGUCUGGAGAAUGCUCCUGCAAGCCAGGCUGGUCUGGACUCUACUGUAAUGAGACAUGUUCUCCUGGAUUCUAUGGUGAAUCUUGUCAACAGAUCUGCAGCUGCCAAAAUGGUGCUGACUGUGAUAGUGUGACUGGAAAAUGCAUCUGUGCCCCUGGAUUUAAGGAUUCUGAUUGUGCUACUCCUUGCCCUCCGGGAACCUAUGGAGUAAACUGUUCUUCUGUGUGCAACUGCAAAAAUCAAGCCAUCUGUUCUCCAGUGGAUGGUUCUUGUACCUGCAGAGCAGGUUGGCAUGGUGUGGAUUGUUCAAUAAACUGUCCCAGUGGCACAUGGGGUCUUGGUUGUAAUUUAACUUGCCAGUGCCUUAAUGGAGGGGCUUGCAAUGCUUUGGAUGGAACCUGUACCUGUGCUCCAGGUUGGAGAGGGGAAAAGUGUGAACUCACUUGCCAGGAUGGCACAUAUGGAAUGGACUGUGCUGAGCGCUGUGAUUGCAGCCAUGCAGAUGGCUGUCAUCCAACCACUGGUUACUGUCGCUGUCUCCCUGGAUGGUCAGGUAUACAUUGUGACAGCGUGUGUGCCGAGGGUCAGUGGGGUCCAAACUGUUCAUUGUCCUGUUACUGCAAAAAUGGAGCUUCGUGCUCUCCAGAUGAUGGAAUCUGUGAAUGUGCACCAGGAUACAGAGGCACCACUUGUCAAAGAAUUUGCUCUCCUGGGUUUUAUGGACAUCGUUGUAGCCAGGCAUGCCCCCAGUGUGUGCACAGCAGUGGUCCCUGCCAUCAUGUAACUGGACUUUGUGACUGCUUACCUGGUUUCACAGGAGCCCUCUGCAAUGAAGUGUGUCCUAGUGGGAGAUUUGGCAAGAAUUGUGCCGGAAUUUGCACAUGCACUAACAAUGGAACAUGCAAUCCUAUUGACAGAUCUUGUCAAUGUUAUCCUGGGUGGAUUGGCAGUGACUGCUCUCAGCCUUGUCCACCUGCCCAUUGGGGUCCAAACUGUAUUCACACCUGCAAUUGCCAUAAUGGAGCUUACUGCAGUGCCUAUGAUGGGGAAUGCAAAUGUACUCCAGGAUGGACUGGCCUUUAUUGUACCCAGAGAUGUCCCUUGGGGUUUUAUGGGAAAGACUGUGCGUUAAUAUGCCAGUGUCAGAAUGGAGCUGAUUGUGACCACAUAUUGGGGCAGUGCACCUGCCGCACAGGAUUCAUGGGGAAACACUGUGAACAGAAGUGUCCCCCAAGUACAUACGGUUAUGGCUGCCGGCAAAUAUGUGACUGUCUGAACAACUCAACUUGUGACCACAUCACAGGAACUUGUUACUGCAGCCCAGGCUGGAAAGGAGCAAGGUGUGAUCAAGCUGGUGUGAUCAUAGUAGGAAACUUGAACAGUUUAAGCCGUACCAGUACUGCUAUCCCUGCUGAUUCCUACCAGAUUGGGGCUAUCGCAGGAAUCAUUAUUCUUGUCCUGGUUGUCCUCUUCUUGCUUGCGCUAUUCAUUAUUUAUAGACACAAGCAGAAGGGGAAAGAAACAAAUAUGCCAACAGUUACCUAUACACCCGCUAUGAGGGUCAUCAAUGCAGAUUACACCAUUUCAGAAACCAUUCCUCAUACUAAUGGUGGGAAUGCCAAUAGCCACUACUUCUCCAACCCUAGCUAUCACACCCUAACACAGUGCACAACCCCACCUCAUGUCAACAAUAUGGACAGGAUGACCCUUGCUAAGUCAAAAAACAAUCAGCUGUUUGUGAAUCUUAAGAAUGUGGAUCACGGAAAACGGGGUGCAGUCCUGGACUAUACGGGAACACUACCUGCAGACUGGAAACAUGGAGGCUACCUCAAUGAGCUUGGUGCUUUUGGGCUUGACAGAGGAUAUAUGGGAAAAUCCCUGAAAGAUUUAAUGAAGAACUCAGAAUACAAUUUAAGCAACUGCUCAUUAAGUAGCUCUGAAAAUCCAUAUGCCACUAUUAAAGAUCCACCAGCACUUGUGCCAAAAAACUCAGAAUGCGGAUAUGUUGAAAUGAAGUCACCGGCACGCAGGGACUCCCCAUAUGCAGAGAUCAGCAACUCUGCUUCAACCAACAAGAAUGUUUAUGAAGUUGAGCCUACCGUGAGUGUUGUCCAGGGCACAUUCAGUAACAGUGGACCUUUCAGCCAGGAUCCUUAUGAUCUUCCAAAAAACAGUCAUAUUCCAUGCCAUUAUGACUUGCUACCAGUACGAGAUAGUCCAUCAUCCUCUGAGAAAGAGGUCAGCAGUGAAUGACC